AUGGAUGACGACGUACAGCCUAAAAUAGUUUCUUUCUAUAUGACGACCUUAAUAAAUAAUUGGUUAAAACAAAUAUUUAUUCAUUAUGCAUCAUUAAAUAACGAUUUAAAAAUGUCUUCAUUAAAUCAAUCUCAUGAGAAAAAUAUGAAUGUAAUUUCUGUAGAACCUAUUAAUAUCAAUCGAAAUUGUUCAUUAAAUAAAGAAAUGACUGAUCGAUGUAUUAUUGUUGACAAACCAUCAACAAUGUCUGAUGCAGAUAAUAUGCAUUAUAAUGAUGAAAAAAAUAAAAAUAAAAAUUUUCUAUUAGACAAUUCAACAGAAAUAAAGCCAUCAAAACAAAAUACAAUUAUUAUUGAUAAAUUUAAAGCAUGUUUUAUUGAUUGUGAAUGUCAAUGUGAAGCGAAAAAGAUAAUCCCUGAAAUAAGUACGAACGUAUGUCAUAAUAGAAAAAAACAACUAUUUGAAGAGCUUUUUCAUCAAAUACAUGGGUCAUCAUAUGACAUUAAUUGUUGUUGUAGUUGCGGAAAAAAAGGAAUGAGAAAAAUGAAAUUUAACUAUGCUCAUGGUGAUAAAACAAGUGCUUCGCAUUAA